AUGAAUGUCCGCGCUUCGGAGAAUUCUCUACCCCUCACUCAAAAUAUCGCACCUCAUUGGUCUAAGAAUCGAGUUCUCUGUUACGAUUCGGCGAAAUUGAACCAUCAAGAAAAAGGGAUGAAGUUCAAUAUUGUACAAUCCUGUCUAAAUUCUCAAGUUCGCGAUUCGCCUCUGCUCCUGAAGAUCAUCACUGAAGAUCAUAACGGAAGAUCAUCAUUGAAGAUGGACCAAGAAGGCAACAACCUGCCUAAUGAUUUAUCGACACGCACUGCAAGUGACAUCACAAUUCAGCUCUUGCAUCUCGCGAAUAGAACGAAAUAUGAAAUCGUGCAAGAAAAUGGUCAACGCCGGCUCACGUGUCCGGAGCUCGUGGAAAACCAAAAAGAACGACCUAAGGGUGCCGAAGUUUUUCUUGGCCGUUUGCCGCGUGAUUGCUACGAGGACGAGCUUGAGCCGUAUUUGUCUAAAAUUGGUAAACUUCUUGAAUUAAGAUUAAUGUUAGAUUUUUCGGGUUCCACUCGCGGUUACGCUUUUGCUCUUUAUGAAAAUGCCAAGAUUGCUCGGGAAGCAUGCAGAUUGUUAAAUAACUCCGAAAUUCGGCCCGGACAUCGUAUCGGUGUCGUUAAAUCUAUGGAUAAUUGCCGACUUUUUUUCGGGGGGGUUCCUAAGGACAAAACUAAGGAAGAUUUCAUGGCGGAGUUGUCUAAAAUUUUAAAUGGUAUCACGGAUAUUUAUCUAUAUCCUAAUUCGGAAGAUCGUACUCAAAAUCGCGGUUUUAUUUUCGUGGAAUUUAAGGACCAUCGUUCGGCUGCUAUGGCACGUCGAAAGCUCAUCCCCGGAAGAGUGGUCCUUUGGGACCACGAAAUUGCUGUCGACUGGGCUGACCCGGAACCUGGAGACCCAGUCGAUGAAGAAGUCAUGGAAACGGUAACUGCGCUGUUCGUAAGAAAUUUACACCUGGAACUGUCACAGCAGAAGAUGAAAGACAUGAUUUUGAAGGGGACUAACGCACCGAUCUUGAAGUUGAAAAAGCUCGGUCACUUUGCUUUCCUUCACUACGAAACACGAGAUAUCGCAGCAAGCGUUUUGGAUUUACUGACACAGCCUGGUGGGCUAGCUGAUCGCGAAGGAUGGGAGAUUCGUUGGGCGAAGCCUAUCGGUGCCGUGAAGAACGUCGAGCGUCAGAGAAGCAUCGAAGAAGCAACAGCAGCUUCUAGAGGAAAAAUGGAAAGGAGUCCUGGAAGUGACAAAUCUUCUAGCCGAAGAAAUUUCUCUAAAGGGUCGAGCAAAUCAAUUCCGAAAAACGAGGGAUCCGAUCUACCAAAACUCAAUUACCCGUUAAUUUUACAAAAGUUUGUUGCGGAGAAAUUCCAGGCACAAUGCCAUAUGGAAACAACAGAAUCUACUUCAGGAUUCGUCUGCAGGAUAGCAAUCAUUAAAAAUAACCAAAUUGUUUUUGAUUACUUUGGUGAUCCGUGGCCCACAAGCCAGAAAGCAGUGACUGUGGCUGCUCGAACUGUUUACCAUAAGUUGAGCCCCUCACACUUGUUUUCAUCUCUAGUGGAUCAAAUUCCAGUUCCACCUCCACCCUACAUUUAUCAGCCGGUGAACAAUCUUUGCCAAAAUCAGUGCUGCAAUCCACUAUUGCCUCAAAAUCCGAUAGUGCAUCCUUGGCAAAUGAGCGGAUUUACCCUGGAGCCGUAGAUUCUAAAAUCUACUAGUGACUGGGUUAAGCUUCUAAAAAAAAAUCGUUUGCAGCGUAGGGAUUACUGAUUGUGCUCGAUUCGAACAAUCCAUUUUUUAGAACAUCCAUUUUUUAUAGGAUGCAAAUUAAAUUCAAUACGUUCGCCACAACGACGAACAGAGUCACAUCACAUAAAUUUUACAAAAAUUUAGAAAUAAAUGUUCGUAUUUGAUCCAAAAGAUUAAAAAUAUGAAAAGUAGUGCAUUUUGAAUUGAAAAAGAGAUU